AGUCAUUCGUUUCAAGAUCUGAUGCGGAGGUUCUUUUGUGCAGUGUAUGCACUCGAGUAUGAAUCUUAACCUUUUGGAAUAUAAACUGUAAUCCCGAGGCUUGUGCAUCGCAAAACUAAGCCUGAUUCGUCCUACUGCGGCGAAAUAGUUGAAUUUUGAAAAACAGGACGCAGGGGAGAAGCCAUGGCAGAGCACAUGAUGAUGCCCAUGAGCCACGGCCAGGCCAAUGGCCCCCUGCACAGCUACCGACUGGGCAUGAAUGGUCAGCAGCACGUGCCACCGCCUGGCCUCAGGGCCAUGCCCGGUGGACAGAUGAUGCACUAUGGCCCCCAAGGAGCGAUGGAGGCCACCAUGAGGCAGCGGCCCAACAUGGUGAGCCCCAUGAACGGGCCGAUGAACAGCACACCCAUGGGCCACCACCAGAUGCAGACAGCCAAUAUGAUGUACAGUAACCAGGGCCAGCAGCACCAUCAUAUGCAGCAGCAGGGCCAGCACCAGCACCCACACCCGGGCCACCCACAGCCCCAGCAGCAGGGCCAGCACCAGCACCCAGGCCAUCAGCAACCACAGCAGCAGCAGCAGCAGUACAUGGGCGGGGGCCUAACUUCCCAGCAGCUCAUGGCCAGCAUGCACCUACAGAAACUGAACACCCAGUACCAUGGGCACCCGCUCGGGGCCGUGAACGGCAACCACAUGGCGAAUGGCGUGCAGUUUCGCAUGGGUUCCGCUCAGUUGGCCAGCAUGCAGCACAUGGCUGGCCCCGCUCUUGGUCUCAAUGGUAUGGACACUGACCUGAUCGAUGAGGAGGUUCUCACAUCGCUUGUUUUGGAGUUGGGACUAGACAGGGUGCAGGAGCUCCCAGAGCUGUUCCUUGGACAGAACGAGUUUGAUUUUAUAUCAGACUUUGUCAGCAAACAGCAGCCGAGCACUGUGAGUUGCUGAGGCAUGGACAAUGAAACUCCGAAAGGGUGGAUAUGCAGAAAGGGGUAAUGGAUGCCCUGUUCUUAUUCUUGGAGGAAAUCAUCCAAGCAGAGCAGAGAAAAGUAGCCAGAUGUUUCUCUGGUUCAUUGCUGAAGUAUAGUGGUGCUCCAGCCAGCACUGUAUCUCUGCAUGGGGAUGGAGUACUACAUAAAGCUUCUGCCCCUCCAGAUGUGAAUGUAAUAACAUUGCAAGACUGAGCUUGAUUCAAUGCAACACACGCUUAGUCCUUAUAACAGUUUUACAUUCACAUGUAACUUAUUUAUGUUCUUUUGAUUAUCAGUGUAGAUCACACCCACAAAAAAGAAACUUUGGGUGGGGAAUGUUUUAUGUUGCAGUUGUGAUUUUUCUUUUUUUGGAGGGGGAGGGGGGGUAAAUAUUGAGGUUGAGGUAUGAGGAUUAAUGGUUUGGACUUGAAUUGUCUGCUUGUAAUGAUCUGGUCAGCAACGAUAUAGCUGGAUCCUUAAAAUAUAUUGCAUUGAUCUACGUAUAUCAAGCCAAUUCUUUUAGACACCCCUAGUAUCUUCUGUAGAUUAUGCCAUCACAUCUGUUCUAUAUGAGCUAUAGAGCUGCCUUUAAAUCACACAGCUUCUCUUUUUGUCCUUUUAAGGAGGUUAAGGAGUAUUCAACAUGUGACUUAGGUCUUGUGUUAAUAAAUAGAAAGCCAGGUUUCAACCAUGGUUUUAUUUGUACAUUUAUGUCUGAAUUUACUGGAGUAAUGGAAAAUGCUGCUGAAAUCAACAAAUGGGUCACCAGUUGCCAUCUUGCAUCAUUUCUGGUUUAGACUUUAAACAGUGAUCUGAUCAUAUUAUUCUCAUGCAUCUUUUCUCAGAACGGGCAAGAUUUUAAAAAUGUAUGUAUAAAAAGAACCAAGAAGUCAUAAAGAGUGAAAUCAACUCCCAUACAGAUGAUGGUUACAGGUCCAGUGCAUCUAACACAUACUGGUAGUCACUAUUGUAUUUUCCAGCUCAGCAACCACUAUGUUCAUGCCCUCUAGUCUCAUUUAAGAAUCUUAAAGCUGAAGUGUUGGCCCUGCCUACCUGUCUGUGCUGUGGUACGCUCUUCUGUUCUUCAAACAGGAUUCAUUAGGUGGGUGUCUUUACUUUGUGUCCCAAAUUCAAGUGAGUUUUACUUCUAAAAUGCAUUGUGAAAGUGUAUUAGGUUGGGGGUCAGUGCAAACAGUCCAGGUUAAUCUGUGCUGACCUGACUACCAAGACUUGUGGGUUUUGCUCCUGGGAAUGGAGUACAUGCUCCAUUUAUGGACACGUGUUGCAUGGGUUUCUGGAGGGGAUUGCAGUGACGAGCUGUUAACGCUCCACUGUCAUUUUCCUUUCUUUCAGAGGGGCAAGGGAGGGCACAGAGGACAGGGGGAUGGAUUAAAGGUUUCCAGCAACAUAGUCCUCUACUGAGAACAUGCAGACUAGCUGAAGAUGUCCCUUAAAACCUGUACUGUGUCCUCUUCGCUUUUACUAGAACUCUGCCCUAAGCCUGUAGAACUCUGCCCCGAGCUUGGAUGUUGAUCUUGAAGAUGUAACUGUAGUCAUGCAGUGCUGCACAUGCUCAUGUACAGUCUUUCUUUUUUUUUUUCCUUUUUUUUUUUUUACCAGUGUAAUUAACUUUUCCAGUCUUGACAAGUGUAUCCUCUGCUUCAAUGGCUAAAGGAAGCUUGAGUUGACCGUAAUGGCUGCCCAGCUAUCAGUGUGGACACAAAUGGUCUUCUCUCUUGCUUCUGUUUGAAGAAAAUGUAUUUAUUUUAAGCAAUAAUAAACUAUUUUAUUUAUGGAACAAAA